AUGUCUUUUAUUGUAAAAACCUGGAUGGAUCAACAAACACUUUCUCAGUUGUAUUCUCAGGGGUUUCUAUCACCAACACCAAUACAUAAAAAAACUCCAAUAGAUGAAGAGCAUAUAAGCAAAAAAUUUUGGGAAUGUUUUGGAGAAGCACUAAAUGAAAAUAAAAAGGGGCAAGAUGGUUGUAUUCAUGUGCUGUCAAUAAUUGCCAACAAAUUUACCUACACUGAAUUGCAAGAAAAGCUUUUUCUUUCGGCAAACAGUGUGACCAGUGCCAGAUUGUAUGCUAAAACCAAUGGCCCUGGUUGCCUUGAAUUAGGCAAAUCUGCAAUCACUAAAGUAAAACUGUCAAAAGAAUCACUGGAUCAAUUUAUGACAUUUUUACUUGAUAAAAAUAAUACAACACCAAGUUCAUAUAAGAUGGUAUGA